CAGGGGGUCAGAGGGUACAAACAUGAUGUGGCAUAUACUAUAUAGUACAUUCCUAUUCAAUCGCCUUCUGCAGUCGGACGGAUUUAUUUUACCUUAAUCUUGUCCGCUACAGUGCGACGAGCCGCCAAGGCGAACGAACGCCGAGCGGGAGCAAGAUGAAGGGAUUUGCUUCUCCAAAAUGUAAAUGAUUUGAAAGAUCCCUUAACCUUUUUUACAGAGACAAGAUGAAGAUCCCUCAGUAGCUACUGGCUUUAUACUACAAAAGGGUAGUUUAUAAUUAGCUAGAAUUCACAACUAGAAUAGUUAUAGUGAAAAACUACCAGAUCCUGUGCCUGAAGAGGACAGAGGAGGAUUUAUAAAUGAGAUCCAAGAAUGAAGCAUGACUUAGUAGAUCUAAGCAAAAUCUGAAAUGACUCCGACGACGAGUCCCGAGAGCGUUCUUAUCCCUUAUUUCGUUUCGCAGAAUUCUAAAUAUGGAGACUCUUCCGUGUAUUCUCCUUUUCUUUCAUGAUUCAAAUGAAAAAGCAGGCCUUGUUCUUUGUGCAAAGUGUUUUCUUUGGAAGUGAAACUCCUGAAAGUCGAAGCACGGCCUUAAAAUAGCUAAAAGAAGGCUUUAUUUCUUAGUGGUAUUAAACCGAACCUGUACGCCUUAACCUUUAUGUCCCCACUUCGCCCGAUUCUUCUUGUAUAAAAAACAACAUCGACAAGUAAUAUUUAUAUGAUCAAUGACAUGCAUGAAGGCUCAGCAAAGGCUGCAC